AUGUCCUCCUCCGAGCUUCAAUACACCAUCGAACUCAUUGGCCAACGGUUAAUUCCUGUCCCCAACACCAACUAUACACCUAUUGGCAUCCGUCUGAAGACCUUGAAGGACAGGUCCCACGCAUGGUUCAAGUUUGACAUGUACUCUUUCGAAACAAUCACCUUAGAAGAAAAAUCGUACGCUAAGAAACAUCUCGUGACUCAUGGGCAUUUCUUCUCGUGGGAUGAACCUGAUGACCUCGCUGCGAUAAUUCCAAUACUACCAAAGCCCUCGCAAAGAACAAUCGAGCGCUACUGGUCUCUAGAAACAUUGCGUUCGGAGCCCCACUCAGUCACCCUGGAUGUGUUGAUGGACCUAGCACAAAACCUGAUCGCCGUCGCGUAUUGUGUUACUUCAGAGGAUAAUCCUCUUGAAUCAGAUGAGGUGGUCUGUAUUGACCUUAGAGCCCUGGAUGGUGAUGGUGAUGGUGUUCACCCUCAAGCUGCCGAACGAACGCUAAUUCUAGUGGAGAUGACCGAAUCUGAAUCCGAUCUCAUUAAAACAACAUGUGCGAAGCUCAAGUGUUGUGGGAGGCAUAUCGCUUUGCUGCGUUCCUUGGUUAUUACAAACGAUGAUGGAAGGAAUUACGAGUGGAAUCUGCAGAUUUGGGAUUGGAAAAACACGUCAAAGACGAUGGUCACCGGCAGAAUAACACCCCACCCAUCUGAAAACCAGAUUGAUUUUUGUUUCCUCGGAAAUGAUAGGUUGCUCAUUGUGACUGAAUAUCUGGAGUUCUUUUCAAUAGAAGACCCGAGCAAGAUGUCACCAUAUACGCGUUUCAAAUUGCCCCUCCCGUUGCAGUGUAUACAAUGCCUCCCUCCGAUGGACGAUAUUGAGCAGAUGCAAACCCAACCUCAAACGGUGAGGUACACCCCAGACCCUAAACAUCAACUACUAUGCCUUACUGCGUCCUAUGGUACUGCCUCUCUGGUCUUCAUCAUCUCCAUGCGGAUUUUCUUCGACCUUGACGAAGUUGCAGAAACAAUAACAAUACCAUGGAUACAUUGGGGUCCUUCAAAUACUCGUGUUUUCUGGUAUCCAUAUCGAGGCAAAGUCCACGUUAGUGGCAAUCGAGUUUUGCAGGCUUUCGCAAUUAGCGGGCCAGACGCGCGCCCUGGGGUGUACGGAGUACGUCUGAUGGACUUCAGCCCAAUAGCUGGGACAAACAGACAGGGUCUUGGGCGUGUGGUGAAAGAUUCAUCUACGAUAGAAAUGAGUCCUGUCAUGGAUGACACCGUCAAAGAGGAGAACUUGACGAUUACAACAUCCUUGCCUUACGUCGAGGUCGUAUCGAAAAGGAAGUUCUGUGUUCGUGAGUUACUGGACAUAUGGCUCGACAAGGAUAGAAUUUAUUUGCUCAAUGCAAAUUGGAAACAUGUUGCGGCAGGUUCUACUUCGUAUCCUACAUGGGAGUCUAACAGGCUUGAGGUCAUUGAUGUCUAG